AUGGGAAACCUCACGUUCAACAGUAAGGACAUCUCCAACUUGAGGACACACUUGAGGGUGGGUGUACGGUAUAGAGACAUGGAUGUUGUCCUCGAGUACUUCCAGAAAUUGCAAGCUGAGAGCCCCAACUUCUUCUAUGCUGUCAAGCUAGAUGCUGAGAAUGCUGUGAGAGGGUUGUUUUGGGUUGAUGGCAGAUCAGGGGAGUUGUACAAGUGCUUCAGGGAUUGCAUAUUCCUUGACACGACGUUCUACACUAACCGGUACAACAUGCCCUUUGCACCAAUUGAUGGGAUCAACAAUCAUGCCCAAAGCAUCCUACUAGGUUGUGCUCUGCUUCCGGAUGAGACUACUAAAACAUUUCUGUGGGUGCUUCAAACGCUCAAGGAUGCAAUGGGUGAAAUAGCACCAACCAACAUCAUGACUGACCAGGAUAGGGCCAUGAAAGCUGCAAUAGCACAGGUAUUCCUUUCUACAACACACAGGUGCUGCAAGUUUCAUGUGGUCAGCAAAGCUUGUGAGAAGUUUGGUUGGUUAAUUAGAAACAACCCAGAAUUUGCAGAGGAGUUUGACUAUUGCAUCAACUUCACCGAGUCUCCAAAGGAGUUCGAGACGUUGUGGCAUAACAUAGGGGUGAAGUAUGAUAUGCAUAGCAAUGAUCACUUUCAGAACAUGUCUUCAACCAAGUCUUUGUGGGCACCUGCAUAUUUCAAGAAAUGCUUCUUUCCCUUCACAAGCACAACAGGAAGAUCUGAGAGUAUGAAUGCAUUAUUCAAGACAAUGAUGCACCCACAGGACUCAGUGUUGCAGUUCCUUACCCAAUAUGAGUACAUAAUGGAAACAAGGUGUUGA